ACCACUUCCCCCCCAAAAUUUCGUCAACUCGCGCGCCCCUCCAGUUCCCCUUCCGGGCAUGGGGAAGGAGUGCCGCAGUGGGGCCCGAGGAGCCCGCCGCUCGGCUGCUGCGGGUGCAUUGCCUUCCCCCCGCCUUGGCUGCAGCCAGCAUCCGCGCUGCGCGAAAGGGAUGGAAGAAGCAUGGCUGAGUCAGCAUCCCCCUCUGCUCCGUGCGCGUGCACCCGCCCAAGCGGGAGGCGACAUCGGCACAGGUGGAAGAGACCGAGGAGCCAGUUAAGCAUUCAGACGAGAAGGAAAACUUCUGUUGGCAUGGAAAAGUGAUUAUCUCCCAAGCUACUGACUACAGUACAACUGGUCUGGCUGUUUCAACUCUGUUGUUUUCUUGUCAAAUUUUGCUCUUUUAGGAAACUUUACAGAAACCUCAACCAUCUGGAACUCAGAAACUCGUUUGGAGUUGACCGUGGCUUUGAGAGCGUGCAGGUGUUCUGCAGAUGUGAGAAUUUAUCCUGCAGUCACCAGAUGGAGUCCUAAGCAGAUGCAAGGCUUGUGCUGUGGUCCUAGCCUCCCUGAGUGCAGAGGGUCACUUACUUGUUAAGUGGCCAAAGAGUGGUUAUUGACACUGAUAUCUGAAUGCUCCACUCAGCCAAUCAUCUCAUUAAGCUGUGAUGAGAAGACAUCUUCAGGGGACCAAUCUACUUUAGGGUGCCAUGUUUCCUGACCCUUGGGUUAGGGUUCUAGACAGGAACCUUUUUUUUUCUGUGCCUUCUACCAUUCCUGUAGCCAUUAUUAACACCAGUGUGUUUUUGCCAGCUGGACCCAUGCUUCUUGGUGGCUUCCUGCACUCAAGGUGAAUAAAGAGAAAACUCUUAGAGAAAUCCUUGGUGGCAGCCUAUUAUCACUCGAUCGAGACAACAGGAGUCUUUGUGUGCCACCAUGGGCUGGCUUUUUCUAAAGGUUUUGUUGGUCGGCAUGACCUUCUCUGGAUUUCUCUGCCCUCUUCUGGAUUUCUCGAUCAGUGGGAAAACAAGAGCCCCCAAACCAAACAUUGUGAUCAUCUUGGCUGAUGAUAUGGGAUGGGGUGACCUGGGAGCGAACUGGGCAGAAACAAAGGGCACCGCUCAUCUUGACAAGAUGGCUUCUGAAGGAAUGAGGUUUGUGGACUUUCACGCGGCUGCUUCCACGUGCUCUCCUUCCCGAGCCUCUCUGCUUACCGGCCGGCUGGGCCUACGCAACGGAGUCACGCACAACUUUGCCAUCACCUCUGUAGGGGGGCUUCCCCUCAACGAGACCACCUUGGCCGAGGUGCUGCAGCACGCUGGCUAUGCCACUGCCAUGAUAGAGCAAGAGAACUAUGUUUUGAACCUGAGGAUACCUGCUUCACAUUCCUGCCCGACACAGGUGGUGUCCUUGUCAUCACAGGACCUGACCUCGGAUGCUGGGACCUCCCUGCCUGCCUCUCUAGCAGGCAAAUGGCAUCUUGGGCACCAUGGCUCUUAUCACCCCAAUUUUCGUGGUUUUGAUUACUACUUUGGAAUCCCGUAUAGCCAUGACAUGGGCUGCACUGACACACCCGGCUACAACUACCCUCCCUGUCCAGCGUGUCCCCAGCGCCAUGGCCUAUGGAGGAGCCCCGAGAGGGACUGUUACACAGAAGUGGCCCUUCCUCUCUAUGAAAACCUCAACAUCGUGGAGCAGCCUGUGAACCUGAGUGGCCUUGCACGGAAGUAUGCAGAAAAGGCAGUGGCAUUCAUUGAGCAGGCAAGCGCCAGUGGGAGACCCUUCCUGCUCUAUGUGGGUCUGGCCCACAUGCAUGUGCCCUUGCCUGUGACACCGCCAUUGGAAAGCCCACAGAACCAAAGGCCAUACCACGCAAGUCUCCGAGAGAUGGACAGUCUGGUAGGGCAGAUCAAGGACAAAGUUGACCAUGUGGCAAAAGAAAACACUCUCCUCUGGUUUACAGGCGACAACGGCCCAUGGGCUCAGAAGUGUGAGCUGGCAGGCAGCGUGGGUCCCUUCUUUGGAUUGUGGCAAACCCAUCAAGGAGGAAGCUCAGCCAAGCAGACCACCUGGGAAGGUGGGCAUCGGGUCCCAGCACUGGCUUACUGGCCUGGCAGAGUUCCAGCCAAUGUCACUAGCACCGCCUUGUUAAGCGUGCUAGACAUCUUCCCCACGGCAAUAGCCCUGGCAGGAGCCAGCUUGCCUCCAAACCGGAACUUCGAUGGGCUUGAUGCCUCCGAGGUGCUCUUUGGCAGGUCCCAGGUGGGGCACAGGGUACUGUUCCAUCCCAACAGUGGGGCUGCUGGAGAGUAUGGAGGCCUGCAGACUAUCCGCCUGGACCGUCACAAGGCCUUCUACAUUACUGGGGGAGCCAAAGCUUGUGAUGGGAGCACGGGUCCCGAGCAACACCACGAUUCCCCUCUCAUUUUCAACCUAGAAGAAGAUGCUGCAGAAGCUGUGCCUCUUCAGAGAGGAAGCCCCGAGUACCAGGCGGUGCUGCCGAAGGUCACCAGGGUUCUUGCAGAUGUCCUUCGAGACGUCGCUAAUGACAACAUCUCCCGAGCAGACUACACCCAGGACCCUUCCGUGACUCCCUGCUGUAGCCACUCCCAAAUUGCCUGCCGUUGCCAAACUGUGUGACAGGUAGUUUUUCACGUGAGAAAGACUACCUAGGAAUUGUAGACAGGUAGGUUCACUUCCAAAGUUCAUGUUGGCCAUGGAUGCCUACUUUGGGAAGGAAGUUGCACAAUUUGUUUUGUAAGGCACAGCUUUCCCUCUUCCUGUGUAGACUGCAUGCAUGUUUGAGAAGCAUCGAGCACCGGUGCAAUGGGCAUGGCAUGAUUAAGCACUAGUGGGCUAUGGAGUCGAGGCACAGGUCCAAGCCCCAGGUUUUAAGCUUGGGCAGUGACUUAAAUGUCAAUUGCAGAGUAGAUUUCGAAGGUUUAACGUUAACUCGUGAAGUUGCCUGUUUUAGUUUCUAUCUUGUGCCCCCAGUUUCACUGGUCAAUGGAGCGCAAACUCACUCUGGCUUGUAUGUAAAGCUCAGCCAUCUUCCAUACCCGUAGAAUUCACCGCUGGGGAUCUUGCAAAAUGUAGAAUGGCCCAGAAGAUCUGGAGGAGGGUCAGGGAGACUACAUUGUUGCUAGAUUUCUCUCUUCUUCUUCUUCUUCUUUUUUUUUCUUGAGACAGGGUUUCUCUGUAUUGUUUUGGAGGCUGUCUUGGAACUCGCUCUGUAGAUCAGGCUGGCCUUGAACUCACAGAGAUUUGCUUGCCUCUGCCUCCUGAGUACUGGGAUUAAAGGCGUGAGCCACCAAUGCCCAGCAUUGCUAGAUUUCUUUGAGAUGCCUUGAAUAGCACAGAGCUAAACAGAAGUUAGGUUUUCCCAGGACUUGGAGCAGAAGAACUUAUGGGCUUUCUCUCUUGUGAAUGUCAAAUGGGCAUACUAUAAAUAUUUAGCAGUUUGGGGCUGAAGAGAUUGGCCCAUCAGUUAAGAGCACUGGAUCUGGCUUCUGUUCCCAACACCUACAUGGUGGCUUAAAUUAUAAUACCAGUUCAAAGGACCCAUCACUCUCUUUUUGCCUCUGAGGAUGCCAGACAUGCAUAUGUGUAAGCAAAACACUCAUAUAUUAAAAAUAAUCUUUUAAAAUAAGAUUAAGAUUUCCUCCAAGCCCUUACAACUUCCAAGAAAUAAAACAAAAAAAUGUAAACAACUCA